GCACAGCAUGUCCUGAGGGAAAGUUCUGUAACCACAUGCUCACGGCGCCUUUCUACACCUGCGAAGCACACCCGGCUUGGUCGCUGCUACAGCCUAUGUGCCCAAAAGGAAAGGCAGGUGACGGCAUCACGUGCGGCCCCGACAGGGAUAUGGAUGGAAGGCCCGACGCGGACCUGGGGUGCGUCGACGUGCGCUGCCGUCCAGACAAUUGCAUCGACAUCUACAAUCCAGAACAACUCGACGCCGAUGGGGAUGAUGUUGGUGAUGCCUGCGAUUUCGAUAUCGACGGCGAUGGGAGGAGCAUAGAAUUGGAUAACUGUCCGACGGUGAUGAACAUUGACCAAGCAGACAGUGAUUUAGACCAACACGGUGAUGCCUGUGACAACUGUCCCUCAACGCCCAAUCUGACGCAGCGUGACACCGAUGGUGACGGUUUGGGCGACGAAUGUGACACGGAUGUAGAUGAAGAUGGUAUUGCCAAUGGAGGUGACAAUUGCCCAGAUGUUGUCAACAUUGACCAACUGGACACUGAUGGUGAUGGAGUGGGCGACGCAUGUGACAACUGCCCUUCAAGUAGCAACGCCGACCAGGCUGAUACAGACCAGGACUUUGUUGGUAAUGUCUGUGACACUGACACAGACACAGACAGUGAUGGCAUCCAAGAUAACUUGGACAACUGCCCAAGCACAGCCAACAGUGACCAAAAAGACAGUGACACUGAUGGUAGUGGCGAUGCGUGCGACACUGAUGCCGAUGGCGAUGGCAUUCUCAACACCAAUGACAACUGUCCUCUUGUCCCCAACGGCAGUCAGACCGAUUCUAAUGCAGAUGGGAUUGGUGAUGACUGUGAAGGUGACUAUGAUAAAGAUGGCGUUCCUGAUGGCGGCGACAACUGCCCAAAGAACGCCCAGGUCUUCACUACAGAAUUCAAAAGAGUGAUGGUGGUUCCCUUGGAAGAACCUUAUCACACACCCAAUUGGUAUUUUUUACCUGGAAGGACAGGGUUCUACCAAAGAGAAGAGGCAGAGACCUCUGCAGCCAUCGGUGAUGUGAGUCUUGGCAGCGUUGACUUCGAAGGAACCUUCACGAUUGAGAGCACUGACGAUGACUUCGUUGGAUUUGCUUUCAGUUUCCAAGACAACCGCAAGUUCUACAUGGUGAAUUUUAAACAGGACGCUCAGCAGUUGGCCACGCCUGCGGUCAGCGAUCAGGGUCUUCAUCUGAAGCUCGUCGACUCUGCUACAGGACCAGGAGGCAACGAUCUUCAGUAUGCGAUCUAUAACACCGCGAGUGUCGCAAAUCAAGUCACUCUCCUUUGGCAAGACGCGAGCGUAACGUGGAGGCCCAACACGUUCUACCACUGGAAGGUGAUCCACCGGCCCAAAAUAGGGCUCCUCCGGCUCACCAUGUACGAGAACGGGAAGUUCCUAAGCGACUCCGGCAACAUCUACGACUCCCGGCUCAAGGGCGGCCGGCUUGGGGCGCUCAGCAACUCGCAGAGGAGGAUUCUGUGGGUCUACAUGAAGUACAGCUGUAACGAAAAAGUGCCUCAGGCUGUAUACAACGACCUGCCACCAGCCCUCCAGGCCCAAGUAGAGAUCGACGAUGGAAGCUAUCAACCCUCUGGAAUAUAAAACCCACCGGAUUGUUUAGUCGUAUGCGUUUUAAAGUGGGUCUGUAUUAGUUUGAAAAGAAGAAAGAAAGAGAGAAAAAUAUAAAGGUAAUUUCAGUUUUUCGUGCACAAUUAUGAAUGACAUUGCUCCGUUGCAAGUUUGAUAUCCUGACAUUUACCCUUGAAUCUGUUACAUUGAUUUGAUCAUGGCAACCAAGCAAACUUUGUGACAUAAUAGUGUAUCAUUUUGAAAUAAGGAAACCAUAUGAUGGGAGAUUCAUAUUUAACAAGUUCGAACCGAAACGAGGGAAAGAACGCAAAACG